AUGAAUGUGUUCAAGAAACCCCUGGAUUCCGAGCGAAAUUUGCAAGCCUCGCUAUACAUUGGCAAUCUAGAUGCUGAAGUUGAUGAGCCAUUACUCUACGAGCUAUUUAUUCAGUUGGGACCAGUGAAACUGCUCAACCUUCCCAAGGACCGCAUUCUGCGAAAACAUCAAGGUUAUGGUUUUGUUGAACUACGAACACCUCAAGAUGCAGACUAUGCUUUGGAAAUCCUCCGUGGUAUAAGACUCUUUGGCAAGACUUUGAAAAUGAAGAAGACUGACCCACAAGCAAGCACACCCUCUGCAUCUGGUGCAGGCACCGGAGAGGAUGUCGGUUUGAGCAUUGGAGCGAGACUAUUCAUCAAGAACUUGAACCCGAUGGUUGAUGAUAAGUACUUGAAAGAGACCUUUGGUAGGUUUGGGAACCUACUAGAGGCGUCAGUCAUGAGAGACGAUGACGGGAAUUCUAAAGGUCAUGGCUUUGUCGAAUACGACACCUUCGAGGCCAGUGACGAAGCAAUAGAAAGAAUGAAUGGGGCAAUACUUAUGAACAACAAAGUGAUCGUGGAGUACGCAUAUAAGGACGGCAAAGCAAGACAUGGCGACAGCGCCGAAAGACUUCUCGCGGAGAAGGCCAAAGCAAACGUGAAAAAGCCUACAUCCGGGAAAGUUAAGAAAGGUAAGAAGGGUUCUUCCUAG